GUCCACAGACUGAUAUAAUGAAAUCAGACUAUGUACAGAAGAUGAAUCUGAUCAUGCCUCCUAUGUCUAUGUCUGAGGACUGCCUGUAUCUCAACAUCUACACACCAACACAUGCACGUGAAGGAUCUAACCUGCCUGUGAUGGUAUGGAUUCAUGGUGGUGCACUGAUUGUAGGAAUGGCUUCCAUGAAUGAUGGAUCCAUACUGGCUGCUACUGAGGAUAUAGUAAUUGUUGCUAUCCAAUAUCGCUUGGGUGUCCUUGGCUUCUUCAGACUACCCUGGCUUGUGUCAAGUUGGCAAAGAAAAAAAUCUAACCAGGCUUGCUGUGCAAAUGUGAGGCCCCGAGUUCAAAACCCCGGAGCCCACAGAAGACUAGAGGUGGUGUUGACAGUAACCAACCUUUCAGGAUGUGAGGCCAAGGACUCAGAAGCUCUGGUGCACUGCCUACGAGAGAAGACUGUAGAAGAGAUUUUGACUAUCAACCAGGUCUUCACUAUGAUCCCUGCUGUGGUGGAUGGGACUUUCCUACCGAGGCACCCUCGGGAGCUGUUGGCCUCUGGGGAUUUUCGCCCUGUCCCCACCAUCAUUGGUGUUGACAGUGAUGAGUGUGGUUGGGGAAUCCCCUUGAUGAACGGCCUUGAUCAUGUCAUAAAGAACAUAACCAGAGAGACCCUGCCAGCUGUUCUGAAGAGCAGAGCAGCACACAUGAUGCUGCCUCCUGAAUGUAGUAACCUUCUGAUGAAAGAAUACAUGGGGGAUGUUGAGGACCCCCAGACCCUGCAGGCACAGUUCAGAGAAUUGAUGGAGGACGUCAUGUUUGUGAUCCCUGCACUCCAAGUAGCAAAUUUUCAGCGUUCCCAUGCUCCUGUCUACUUCUAUGAAUUCAAUCAUCAGCCAAGCUACAUCAAGCAUGUCAGGCCAUCCCACGUGAGGGCUGACCAUGGUGAUCACCUCCCUUUUGUCUUUGGCUCCCACUUUUGGGGCAUGAAUGCAUUUCCACAGUAG